AUGGGAAAACGUGUGCUUGUAGGCUACGGAAUCGACGUCGACGCAGUUAGUGGAUGGAUCAACUCUGAGAAUGGCUCUGCGCCCGAUCUGACAGACAUGUCCCGUGGCAUCUUCGGUGCAACGGUGGGCAUCGAUCGUCUACUCAAGUUGCUAGAUAGAAACAACAUCAAGGCAUCUUGGUUCGUUCCAGGGCACUCAAUAGAGUCGUUUCCAGACCAGAUUCAGAAGAUCAGAGACGCAAACCAUGAAAUUGGUUUACAUGGCUACUCCCAUGAACAUGUCAACGCUUUAUCGGAACAGCAAGAGCGAGAAGUUCUCGCCCGCUCCAUCGAAGUGGUCACGACGUUUACUGGAAAGCGUCCGAGAGGAUGGACCGCGCCCUCCUGGAAGACUUCUCCCCGUAGCAUCAAGUUACUGGAGGAGGCCGGCUUAGAGUAUGACCAUUCAUACAUGCAUCACGACUCCCAGCUAUACUAUGUCCCGCAAUUCCCAGAGGACAUCAAAACAACAGAUCUAUCGAAGCAAGCUCCCUCCUGGAUGGUCCCUAUGGGACAGCUAACUACCAGCAAAAUCGUUGAAGUCCCCGCGAACUGGCACCUGGAUGACUGGCCCCCCUUUCAGCUUGAAGACGGGCCGUCGCACGGAUAUGUCGACCCUCACGUUAUUGAACGACUCUGGAAAGAUCAGUUUGACUUCCUCUACAGCGAAUAUGAGACCUUUGUGUUCCCGAUCUCGAUCCAUCCGCAGGUCAGUGGGAAGCCACAGGUUCUGCUCUUGCAUCAGAGAUUGAUUGACUAUUUGAAUGCCCAUGAGGGGGUCGAGUGGUGUACCUUUGGGGAGAUGGUGGAUGAAUUUAAGGCUGGAAGGAUCGGGGGUGUACAGAUAACUGGCGGUGUAGGGUCAUGA